GAGGUGCCAUGGUGUAUGCUUUUCGCCGAUGACAUAGUCCUGAUUGACGAGACUCGUAGCGGAGUUAACGUUAAGCUGGAGGGUUGGAGACAUACCUUGGAGUCUAAAGGGUUUAAGCUGAGUAGGACCAAGACAGAGUACUUGGAGUGCAAGUUCAGUGAAGCACCUCAGGAGGUUGGCGUGGAAGUUAGGCUUGGUACCCAGGCCAUCCAGAAGAAAAGUAGUUUCAAGUAUCUUGGGUCUAUCAUGCAAGGCAGCGGGGAGAUUGACGAUGGUGUCACACAUCGUAUUGGGGCAGGGUGGAUGAAAUGGAGGCUCGCUUCCGGAGUGCUAUGUGACAAGAAGGUGCCACCACAACUUAAGGGCAAGUUCUACAAAGUGGUGGUUAGACCGACUAUGUUGUAUGGGGCGGAGUGUUGGCCAGUUAAGAUCUCUCACGUUCAAAAGAUGAAAGUUGCCGAGAUGAGAAUGUUGAGAUGGAUGUGUGGGCACACCAGAAGUGAUAGGAUUAGGAAUGAGGCUAUUCGGGACAAGGUGGGAGUGGCCUCGGUAGAAGACAAGAUGCGAAAAGUGAGACUGAGAUGGUUUGAGCAUGUGAAGAGGAGAGACACAGAUGCCCUAGUGCGGAGGUGUGAGAGGUUGGCCAUGGAUGGUUUCAGAAGAGAUAGGGGUAGGCCGAAGAAAUAUUGGGGAGAGGUGAUUAGACAGGACAUGGCGCAGUUACAGCUUAUCGAGGACAUGACCUUAGAUAGAAGGGCUUGGAGGACCCACAUUAGGGUAGAAGGCUAGUAGAUAGUCUCGUUAUCCUUCCUUAUUAGUAGGCGCAUUAUCGCAUUUAUAAUUUCU